UUGAUCCAUAUUCGUACAAAGGCACAUUAAAAGGCACUUCAUCUAUACUCGUUUCUCUCUCCUUUGUAAGCGAAAAAGAGAGGAGGAAGAGAAGGCAAUAAUGGCUGGUAACCUACCACAGGACCUCAUCGUCGACAUACUUUCAAGGCUACCGGUGAAGUCUCUUCUAAAAUUCAGGUGUGUAUCCAAAUCUUGGUGUGUUCUUAUAACAGAUCCUGCUUUCGUCAAAAUUCACCUCAACCAAUCCCUUGCAACCAAUACCAACCACACCCUCAUUUUCCGCAAGGAUUCCGCUUGCUACUCUGUCGACGUUGAUCCUGAUGCUUGCGAACCACCCCUCAAUCAUCCGCUCAAAUCUCUAAUCUUCGGACCCAGGGCUGUAUUGGGUUCAUGUAACGGCUUAGUCUGUAUAUCCAACUCUUUAGAUGACAUCUACCUCUGGAAUCCUUCUACCAGAAGCCAUCUGAAGCUGCCCUUUUCACCAAUAGAGAGUAGUAUUUCCUAUGACUCUGCUUACGGGUUCGGUUACGAACCCACCUCCGAUGAUUAUAAGGUGGUAAGGGCUGUGGAUGAGUUUGUGAUAGUCUACUCACUUCGCACAAACUCAUGGAGAAGGAUCGGGAAAUUGCCCUUUUCCCUAUUCAAUAACGAUUGGGGAGGUGGGGUUCUUGUAAAUUCUGCUCUUCAUUGGGUUGCGAAGGUCAGGUCUAUAAUUUCCUUUCACCUUAAAGAUGAGGAGUAUCGAGAGGUGCCACUGCCUCACUUUAUGGAUGAUGAUGACUUUGUAGACAAUAAAUUUCUCAUGAAAGUUGGAGUUCUUGGAGGACAACUCUGCUUGCUCUGUAACUACAGCAAUCGUGUUGAGAUUUGGGUGAUGAAGGAUUAUGGCAUGAGGGACUCUUGGGUGAAACAGUUCUCCAAUGAAAAACCAUCUGUGGAUGGACUAGUAAUCUUGGGAAUCGUCCUGGUUUCGAUGGCAUAGAAAUCUGUGUUGGGAGUCUUGUUCAUCUUAUGGAACUGAACAAGAAAAAGAGAAAGAAACAGAUCGGUGAUUGGUAAAGCAGAUGUACACUUGUUCAAGCUACUAUUCUUAUAUUUACAAUUGUUUACUCUUA